GUCCGAGAAUACGCGUGCCAUUUCAUCCAAUCUUGACAUAACACCUUCCAAGCCCUUCUGAUACUUGGCGUUAGAAAAGCGGGCGUUAUCUUUUGAUUCCCAAAACAGCGACAGCAUGUCCUCGUCCACGUCCGCCCCGCUAACAUCAACAAGGCCGGUGUGGCUAGUGACCGGCGCAUCUUCUGGACUCGGUCUAGAGGUGGCAAUUGAGGCAGCAAAACUGGCGACGGUUGUUGCUAUUGGUCGGGAUCAUCACGGACUUGAACUCGCAGCGAACGCAGGAUGUCGCACGGUUGAGUUAGACCUGCGUGCCUCGGCUGAGCACAUUUCCUCUGUCAUUGCCGACAUCAUCAAGACAACGGGCCGAGUGGACGUUUUGGUGAAUGCGGCUGGUUAUAUCCUUGAAGGUGCAGUGGAAGAGACAAGUGAUGCUGAGCUUGAAGAUAUCUUCCUCACCAACGUUUUUGCCCCCAUUCGUCUCGCGCGUGCAGUGCUCCCCCACAUGCGGCGUACAGGGGCUGGUGUCAUCUUCAACGUGGCCGGAAUCGGCGGAUUCAGUGGCAGUCCAAAUGCAGGAGCAUAUUGCUCUUCCAAAGCAGCAUUGGCUACGUUCACUGAGGCUCUGCAGAGAGAGACAGGCCCAUUGGGGAUUCGUGUGUGCCUAGUUCAGCUUGGACAUUUUAGAACUGCAUUCUUGAAAGCCGGACACAGGCUUCACACUGCGCAGCGCAUUGUUGACUACGACCCAGUGCUAGACCCACUGCGGAAGGCUUUCAACGGGUUGGACGGACACCAACCCGGUGACCCUGGGAAGGCCGCAAGAGCGUUGGUCCACAUUGCAAGCUUAGAUGCAGAUAGCAUUCCUACGCUGCUCGCCCUGGGGUCCGACGUAGUUCCUGCGGAGUUGAGUGCCCACGAAGCCAAACGACAAGCAUUCUUGGCACACGAUACAUGGACCAACAGCAUGGGGUUUGACGCCUGAGUUGACAUGUGCGGCGGAAAAAGGGUGGGGUUCGAUGAUGGGCAAUCUGAACUCGGUUGUAUAGAUAUAGGCAUCUCUUUAGUGUAGUGCAAUUCGCCCUGAUCGGUUCCCUGCACAGGCAAUACUGCCUGCCCAAGAAAGAUAUAUCGUUCAGGCUGUGAACCCC